AUGCUGCUUUCCUUUGUUGUGCACACAUACUCGCUGCGGUACUGGUUUCCAGCCACGGUCAUGCUGGGAACAGCCCCAGCUUAUCUGCUGUCAUGGGGGACAUGGCGCUUACUCUCAACUGUCUUACCAGCGAGGGUGUAUCACAAGUUGGACGACCGGUUGUACUCAAUGUACCAGAGUAUGGUCCUGUUCUUCUUUGAAAACUACACAGGAGUUGAGAUUGUUAUAUAUGGAGAUAUACCAAAGAACAAGGAGAAUGUGAUCUACCUGUCUAAUCACCAAUGUACAGCUGACUGGAUCAUUGCUGACAUGCUCGCCAUCAGGCAAAGUGCUCUCGGCCAUGUCAGAUACGUCCUUAAAGAUGGACUCAAGUGGCUCCCGCUGUACGGAUGGUAUUUCUCUCAGCAUGGAGGAGCCUAUGUGAAACGAAGUGCAAAGUUUAAUGAAAUGGCGAUGAAGAAGAAGCUCUUAACUCAGACUCAAUGUGGCGCACCAAUGUACCUUGUCAUCUUUCCAGAAGGAACUCGGUAUAAUCCAGAGCUCAAGAACGUUAUCGCUGACAGUCAGGCUUUUGCUACAAAAGAAGGACUGGCUGUCCUGAAACACACACUUACACCCAGAAUGAAGGCCUCGCACACAGCCUUCGCGGCCAUGCAGGACCACCUGGACGCUGUGUAUGACGUCACAGUGGCCUACGAGGGAACGCUGGACGCCUCUGGUCAAAGGAAACCUGCGCCAUCGAUGCCAGAAUUCCUGUGCAAAGAAUGUCCCCGAGUCCACAUACACUUUGACCGCGUGGACAUAAAGGAAAUUCCUCCAGAGCCACUGUUUUUCCGCAGGUGGCUGCACGAGCGGUUUGAAAUCAAGGACCGGCUGCUGACGGAUUUCUACGAGUCGGAGGAUGGAGACAAAAUAUGCAGGUUCCCUGGGGAAGGCAAACAUUUGCCUCUGAACCUUUCUAAAACCCUCCCAUCAGUGAUGAUCUUGGGGGGGCUGACACUGCCAUUACUGCUGACGGAGAACGGCAGGAAACUGUACGUGAGAACCUGGGUGUACGGGACACUGCUGGGCUGGCUGUGGGUGAACGCUUUUCCUUAACGAACAGGGCAGAGGUUGCCACGAUGAGACGCGCAAAAGACAUGGAGAGACAUUGCCAUUUUCCUGUAUCACAGCAACACAAGGUGUGUUCCAGAUGCAGAGCAGUAUCUGAUAAGAGGAUCAGAGAUUUAACCUACGUGUCUGGCUCACUGUUGACCUUGAGCUGAAAGCUGAACGGCGAUACAGAGAAAUGUUAAGCAUUUUUUGCUACUUGUUCCCUCGCAUUAUUUGGAUUUGCAGCCUGAAAUGAUAAGAAAACAUGUGGAUUUGGUGGAAGGCAUUCUCAAAAAUGCCCCUUGUUAUCUACUAUGAAAUACAAAUAGCUAUAUACUUCUUAAAGUAACCCCCCCCCCCCCCCCCAUUUAGCCAAAUCAGUAUUAAUGCAUGCUCACUUUCCCAUCAAACAUUGGCCAGUUUUAAAGCUCUAAUAUGACAUAGAACAUCGAUGAACGAAGAUGUUGAUGAUAGAUUAUUAAUUUUUAAAUGUACUGACUCCUUGGCAUUGGUUAUGUUAUUUAUGCCAAGUCCCAUGUUAGGAAGUUUAUGCACUUUGCUCAUUUAGAGUGAUGUUUUUACGUUAGUAGAACAAAAUAAAUGGCAUACAGUCCUCUACAGGGGCUCAUAAACAUGACACCAGCUGCAUUGUUUACCAUAAAUAUUCAUAUGACAUCAAUUUUAUUUUAUAUACUGAUAAUGAAUGUAGCUAUAAAACCCUCAUUUAUGCAUAUAUGAAAUAGUGAAUGUUUUUCAAUUUCCAACACCCAAGAUAUUGAUUUUACUAUUAGUGAUAUCCUUAAAAAAAAUCUAUCUAUUGUACAUUUUUGAGUCUUUGUUCUACUGAUAAAUAUUGCUUUAACCUCAA